GCAGUUGUUCGACCGACAGUUUUCGACAAGUAAGAUGGCGGCGAUUAAUGUGAAAGGCGAAACGUUGUCGUAUUUGUACUUGUAAAUAAAGUAAUCGGUACUCAUAUUCUUCAUUGCCCUUACAGAAACAUAGCAAUAUAAUUAUCUAAUUGUGACUUACGUAGUGAACUAUUGUUGAUAACAUAUAAAUCAAGUGAGGUUUCAUUUCACAAUAGACAAAACCCGUCGUACCCAGCACUCGAGGAGCUCAUCGAGGCCAUAUUUAUGAUGUUAUCUGUUGUGUGAGCGUCCUGCGAAAUCAUACUGAUAAAUAUUUGUUAAUAAUAAAGGCGAUGGGGAAUAUUCUGUUUACGAAAAUAUAAUAACCAAGAGGAAAUGAAUAAAAGUGCAAAUUGAGUGGUAAUACUGCGCCUUUGAAGUGUAUAAACUAUGGAUGAAUGUGUGGACAUUUAUUGACAUACGACAUACACAUUGAUACAAAAUAUAACAUCACGGAGGUGGUAAUGGAUCCAGUAGGACCAUGGUCAGCAUAUGCUUCUUACAAUCGGUUAGCAGGAGUCCAAGCUGGUGCUGCAAGUGGAGACUUUCAUCACCAUCUUGCAAGCAGUGGCUCGGGAUUAGGCAGCCAAACAGUUCCUUCAACAACAAGCCAAUUGCUAUUGCAAGCAGCUCAUACAACAGCCUCUUUAGCUGGGCAACUUGGUUCAUCAACUGCAUCUCCUUUCAAUCCUGGAGGUUUUUUGUCACCACCAACUGUGGGCUAUGAUGCUGUAUUUUCACCAUUAUUCCAUCAUGCCAAUCCAAAGCCAGCACAUUACAGUUCUUCACUUCAAGCUCAACAUCGACAAGUUAUAGCCCAAGCUGCAGCAGCAUCUAAACAAUCUUCAGUUGAAUCUGAGUUAUCCUCAUUGAGAGAAAACUAUUCUCAUCAAACUCUGGCUGCACAAGGAUCAUCCUUUUUUGAUCAGCCUUCUACUCCUGGUGGUACAGCUGGAUUAAGUUGGCAAGGAAACAAUCAACUUCCGAGUCCAUUUGGGAUAUUACCCCAUGAAAGUGUUGUGCCAUCAUCACCAAGUCCGGCAACAACAAAAGCUUCAGGACCUUAUGAAAAUUUCAAUUUUGCUGCAGCGCAAACUUUAAAUAAUCAUCUCAACUCUCAAAUCUCUUCCGCUGGUAAACAAACAAAUAGGUCUGGAUCACCAGCAACAGCAUCGAAGCAGCCUGUGUCUUCAUCUUCCUCAUCUACAUUUUUUCAAUCUCCUUCAUCUUUUGGAAAUCAGACUGAUAAUUCAUAUAGUACAAGCAGUGCAAAAAGUGGUCAACUUUCAACACAGCAGGAUUAUGCUGGAAGUAAGUCAUAUUCAAGUUCUGCAAGCACAACUGCUCAAUCCCAGCAAUCGUGUAUUGUGUCAACUCCACCUGUAACAUCAUCCUCUACACCUCCUAGUAAAGAAUAUCGAUCUUCCUCCAGUAUCUCCUCAAGACCUUCAGCUUCUAUAUAUAAUUCCCAAAUUCCCAAAAAUACUAGUAGCGACAAGUCAUCGCGGCAAACAAGUAACAGCGCUAGUAGUAGUUUUGUUUCUCCCACAUCUAAACCACCUCAAGUUCAAACUAAAGCACAAAGCAAAAUAUACCCAGAGGUGAAUAAUGAACAAAGAAAGAGUUGUGAUUCAAAUGACUCUAAACUUCAACCUCAGUCAUCUCCAAUAAGCUAUUCUAUUAUGGAUGCACCAGGCAGAUUAAGUUACAGUAGUAAUAGUAACAGUUCUUCUAAAUCAAAUAGAAUUGGUAGUUCUCAGUUUACAACACAGGGGUCAAGUUUUAGACAUUACCAAAGUGGGAAUAAUGUUGAAUCAGAUUAUCAUGUAAGAGCUAAAAGUAGCUCUAGUACUGAUACAGGAUAUUCAAGCAGCAGUUCCCAAAAUGGUCCUGACUGUGGUGUAGUGGUUGCUAGGAGAAAUAGUCCUUCACAAGUACCUUCACAGAAUUCCCCACUUGGCCAUGGGUCUAGUCCAGCAUAUCCAAUGUAUCACAGUCCAAUGAAUUCAUUGAACUCUCCUCAACAACAUGCUGAUCAUUAUAAUAAGCAUAAUAGUGCUGCCCCUCGUUCUCCAUUAGAUGCAUCAGUUACAAGACCUCCUUCACAAAAUAGUCAGGUGGCUUAUCCUUCUGUUAUAACUAGGGCUUUAGGUAUUGAACAAAGUAAAACUUAUUCAGAAAAUAGAUAUGAUCGUAAUCAAAAUCAAUCUUCUAGCCCAAGUUGUUGGGAAAGUGAACGUCAGUCUUCUAGAAAAUUUACUGGAAAUAGUACUAGCAGUAGUUUUCCUAGUAGUGGUUUGACUGAAAAUAAUACUCAAGCUGAUGAACCAUCUACUCAAACUCAAUCAGCUACUCAUAGACUGACUUUGCCUGAUAAACAUCAUAAUUAUUUUGAUGGCAAUAAUGUAGCCUUACAAGAUUUAUCAAGCUGUCGUGGAGAUCCUAUGACUAUAGUAAAAAAUUUACAAAGCUUACAGCAAAGUUGUCAAUUACAAGAUGCUAAGUCAUCUAAAAGUCAAACACCAACAACUACAUCAUCCAGUAAAACUGUAGUACGUAGGAAAAGCACUGAAAAACCUAUUACUCAUACUAAUAUGAAUGAAAUAUCAAAUGUUGUAAUGGCAGACUAUCUUGCUAGUCGAAUACCUCCACCUGCUCAUAGUUCUACAACUAAUCAACAAAACGGUAGUUAUUUUGAUUUUGAAAGAUGGAACCUUCCACCGCCUCCCCCAAAAAUGUUUCCUGGCACAUCUGCAUUUGGUUCUCAGGCACCAUUACAUGCAACAAACUUUGCAAAUCAGCACCAAGCCUUAGCUAUGCCACAUGGGCAUGCUCUUACAUAUUUUCCACCUUUUCACCUUGGUCCUCAUCCUGACUUCCAAUCUUCUGUGGAGUUAACACCAUUAUCGUCGUUUAGUGAAACUCCACCUUCGGCUUCCUCAUCAUCAUUUUCUACGCCUGAAACUCGUGAAGAGGAACAGCCUAAGGUGGUAGUGCCUAAUAUAGAGGAAGAACUUGGUUUCCUUGCAGAACAACGAGCAAAUACGGCAUCUUCGGUAGCACCUACUUCACAGCAGCAGAACAUUAACAGCACUUCACAAGACGCUACUUCAAAAAUAAUGGAAAAAAAAUUCAAUGUUCCUGUCACGGGCCCCGGUUCAGGUUUCAUGGCUUCUUAUUUGAAAUUUCUUCAAGGAGAGCGUGAUACCUCUCCUCCGCCGGCCGGUAGAGGCGCCAGAAAAUCUACUUGGUCGCGAACUAACACAAAUAACACUACAAAUAACAAAGUUUACCCACAAAAUGAUCACUCUAAAAGUCAAUGUGACGGGAAUCCCACUCAACAAAGUUCGAAUGGGGCAAUGGCAUCGCCAAUUAACUCUGGAAUGCCAUUAAAUAAUCCGGCUAUGAGUGCUUCAGUUAACAUGAGCUCUGCUGGAUUGUUGGGUGCAAAUCAAAUUCAUGGGGCUUCAUCAAACCUGCUCAGUUCUCAGGCGAAGGGCGUAGAAUUAGAUGAUCCUCGCUACUAUAAUUUAAAUAAGGAUAGAAAACGUAAGUUUGAUGGUAGCGAAGAGACCGCGUAUGAUGCAGAAGAGGAAGCGAGAAGGUUGAAUAAACCAGUGUUGAAUGUGCCUAGUACCCCACUAAAUGACAAAGGAAAGAAAACGCGAACAACAAUGAAUAAGCCCACGCCUUCAGCCGUAGUGGCGCCUCAGCCGGCCGCGCCUAAGAAGCCACGACCGCCUGUGCCGCCGCCCGUGGCCUCGCUGCAGGCAGCGCCACAACAACAAUAUUAUUAUCAACAUCAGCCUGACGAAGGUGCGUUCAAUUUACUAGAUUUCCACUUAAGAAGUAGAGCGCGAUGGUGAAGAGCUAGCCCUGAAGCUUGUAUGACAGGAGCAAGCUAACUGCCGCUCAGGCAGAAUACCGUGAAAACUUGUUACAUUUUAACUGUGAUAAUGUAAAUUUUUUAUUAGAUGAAAUCUAUGAUUAUGAAUUUGUAAAUAAUUAAUUUCUAUGAGGAAAAUGUGAUGUACCUAUCUUAUUAGAGGUUGAUAUUUUAGGGUUAGCCUGUAACAAGAUUUCACUCACUUUGUUGUUAAUAAUGACACAUUAUUAGUGCCAUUUUAUUGUAAAUUGUAGUAAUUGUGACUCUUGUCAUACUCGCUAUUGAAGGGGUGCUACCAUUAAUAAUUCCAAAAUUGUGGUAUAUUUUUUUAUGGAAUUAAUACCAGUGGGUGUCUGUUGUAUAUAAAUGUAUUGUAUUUUACAGUAUUUGAGUUUAGGAGGUACUUACUAUAGUGUAUUGCAUAUUCAUUAGCUGAAAGUGAUUUUAUAUUAUAAGGAGAAAAUUAAUUGCAUAAUAACUGACAGCUACAAGUAAGUGCAAAUAAUGUAUUAGAUGGCCAUGCCCUGAACAUAUACUUUUUUUUGUAUUUCUAUUUAAUUGUUAUUUGUUUAUGCACAAUUCUCAAUAUUUUAUGUAAAUACUUUUGUAUAAUAGGAGGAGACAUAAAAUAAACACAAGUAUAUUACUG